CACGUUGGACAGGUCAGAUCAGGUUAGAGUGGUUAGACUACGGUACGCGCAAUACGCGCAUAUCAGCGCAUAUUGUCGUCAUUCUCUGAUCAAGUUUUGUCCGAGUUUUUACUCAAAUUUUAACUGAUAAUGAUAUCGAGGCGACUGACAUUCUCUCUCGGUAAACAGCUGUGCGAGCGUCCAUGCUUCCCGAAUAAUGCGCUCGCUCAGGUAACUACUACACGUGGCUACAGCGUAGAACAUGAGAAGCGACAGCAUCAAUGGCGAGAAAACGAAGAGCACGCGGUGAUACCCAGGGUCGGGGACGAUCCGGAGAAGCCCAAGAGGUUUUUCUGGUUUAACACAGCCGCGCCCAAGGAGACGGACUUCGCCUUCGUGAAUAUCAAGCAGUGGUAUAGGCACAACAAGGCUCAGUUCAUCAAGGCCAGCCAGGCGUUUAUUCCGGAGAGACACGAGAUAUUGGGCGCCGAUUUAGCUACCGCACACUUUCUGGUGCAUCGCGGCGGUAGGGUCAAGUUUCGCGGUGACUCCUACUGGAUAGAACGGGACGAGAAAGGCCAGUACGAUUUACCCAACAGCUAUAAUCCGAGUUAUGUCCUCGAGAUGGUGGACGUUAACGGGUUGGACCUAUAUUAUGAGGGUCUAAGCAAUCUAUGCGGUCUCGCGAGGCUUAAGUGGCUCAGUCUCAAGGAUUGCAAGAACAUCGACGACUGGGGCUUGGACAAAAUCUCAGCUGAGUUCCCCAAACUGGAGCAUCUGGACAUCUCUGGCUGCGAGAAGAUCACCGAGAGAGGGCUGGAGUGUCUCUACCGUAUGGUUAACUUGAAGAAGCUGAUCGUGACGAAUUAUUACAAGUCGGUCGCGUUCGAGCUGAGUUGCCUCAUGUUAGAAGAUUGCAUGCCAGAAUUGACCUGCGAAAUUCUUAUACCCGAAGAAAAACCAAAAGACUAAUGCCAAUAAGAAAUAAAAAUAGUACAUAGCUUGUGAUACAAGGUAUCAAGAUUUAUUUAUUAUAUCUUUACUUAUAUAUUUAAUUAUUAUAACAAUUUCGACACUAUAAAUUAUAAAUUCUUGAUAGAAACUUCAAUAUCACUCCAUACAUACAAUUCGACAAUUUUUUCCUGUAAAUUUCUCUUUAAAAAAGUAAAAGUAUUGUUAUAGGAUGUUACAAUCUCUUAUAAUUUUAUAAAUAAGUUGUACAAAUACUUUCUAGAUAUGUUAAAAGUUGAGAAUUUUUAUAUUUGUAAGAAUAAAAAUUAUCUCACAGACAUCAUGACAGGUAUACAGAUUGUUAAGUGAAAUACUGAUUGUGAAUAAUAAUUUACAUAGAAAUUUACACAGAA